GAGUUCCAAGACCAGCAUGGCCAACAUGGUGAAACCCCAUGCCUACUAAAAAUACAAAAUUUAGCCAGAUGUGGUGGCAGGUGCCUGUUAUGCCAGCUGAGGCAGAAGAAUCGCCUGAACCCGGGAGGUGGAGUUUGUGGUGAGCCAAGAUCACGCCACAGCAUUCCAGCCUGGGUGACAGGGCGAGACUCCAUCUCAAAAAAAAAAGUAUAGAUAUAGAUAUAGAUUGAAUGUCAAAUGAAAUAAUAGUAUGGGGAGGGAAAUGCGUGUGUGCGUAUACACGCUUAGAAAUAAAAUGGGUUUAACACCAAAAUGUUAAUUGUGAUUAGGACUAUCAAUGCUUUUAUUUUCUUCUUGCUUAUCUGUAUUUUCUCAUUUUUCUCGAUGAACAUUUGUUACUUGUGAAUUCAACAUAAUUUGGCUUUAAGAUAUAUUAUAGGUAAUGUGGCUGAGUACAGUGGCUCAUGCCUGUAAUCCCAGCACUUUGGGAGGCCAAGGCGGGAGGAUCGCUUGAGCCCAGGAGUUUGAGACCAACCUGGGCAACAUGGUGAAAUCCUGUCUCUAAGAGAAAAGAAAAAAAGAUAUAUUACAUAAUGUAUUUACAGCAGACUUAUUGUUUGAAAACUGUGAAAUUAUUUCAACUGAAAUUAUUUGAAAUUUGUCUUCAUUUAUUUCUUUUGAAUACUUGGUUAUAGUGGCAUGCUCAUAGGUCACUACAGCCUUGAACUGGGCUCAAGUGAUCCUCUUGCCUCAGGUUCUGGAGUAGCUGGAACUACAGGUGCUCAACACCAUGCCCAGCUCCCUCUUUGUUUAUGAGUUGUUCUAUUUUAAUAUAUCUCGGUAGUUCCAGGCCCCAUCCUUUUUUUAUUUUUAGGAAGAGCAGGCAUGGACACAGGGUUUUGCCUACAAUUGAUUAUCUCAGAGUUGGGGUGGGGUGAGUGAUUUUGUUUUUCAAGGUGUUCUUGGGACAAACAUGAUUGGCAGUUUAGCAGGUUUAAUGGGCAGGUCCUUUUGUUAUUUAAAAGCAAUAUUAAAUACCAAGUAAACACAACUUUGAAGAGAUUACUCAUGAGCAUUUCACACUUGUUACCACCUAUGAAAAUUAUUUUUUGAGAAAGGUUAAAAAUCCUGAUAUGAUGUGCUUUGGUGCAGUAAUACCAUGUUUCUCCAGAGAGAGGAUAUCAUCAGGCAAAGGGUGUUAAGGGCUUCGAGUUCCAAAUUGGAAAUUUGACCAACCCCUGAAACAGAUGGACCCAAGGCUCUAAAGAGAGCAAUCACUACACUUAUGGCUGGGAUUUUGCGCUUAGUAGUUCAGAGGCCCCCAGGCAGACUACAGACCGUGACAAAAGGUGUGGAGUCUCUUAUUUGUACAGAUUGGAUUCGUCACAAAUUCACCAGAUCAAGAAUUCCAGAAAAAGUGUUUCAGGCCUCACCUGAAGAUCAUGAAAAAUAUGGUGGGGAUCCACAGAACCCUCAUAAACUGCAUAUUGUUACCAGAAUAAAAAGUACAAGAAGACGUCCAUACUGGGAAAAAGAUAUAAUAAAGAUGCUUGGAUUAGAAAAAGUGCAUACCCCUCAAGUUCACAAGAAUAUCCCUUCAGUGAAUGCAAAAUUGAAAGUGGUUAAGCAUUUGAUAAGGUUUGUUCCCUUGAAGUUGCCACAAGGACUUCCAACAGAGGAGAACAUGUCUAACACGUGCCUCAAAAGCACUGGGGAGUUAGUAGUGCAGUGGCAUCUGAAACCUGUGGAGCAGAAAGCACAUGAGUCCUAAUGCCCCAGCAGCUUCCAUUUGGAAAAUGCAAAUUGUUUUUAUUUAAAGAUGAUACCUGGAGGGGUGGGGAGAAGUAAGAAUUGUAAGGGAGGUUCAAUAGUGGGGAAUUCUGUGACAGCUGAUUGAAGAUGAUGAUGAAGAACCUCUGCAUUCUAGUUACCCUUUGCUUUCCUUUGCCUCUUGUAAAAUUUGGCUUGGCAACAAUGGCAUUGUCAUGCUUAUUGUCCCAAUAUCCAUCCUGUCGUAGAUCUUAAUGUUUUUGAUCAUUGCAUUAAAGUGGAAGUGCCACCCACAGUGAAACCAGAUCCCAUUAAUAAAUAAGGUUAAAGGCAA